AUGGGGAGACAGCCCUGCCUCCCAGAAGUGCAGAAACAACAGACGCGGCAGACCGCCACCGAGCCCGAAUCCGCAGGCGCAGCAUCUACGCAGGCCGAGGACGAUGCGGAGCAAGGCAUACAGAUAACAUCAGCCCUGUUGAAACAUUUUAAUGGGAUCAAAAUUACGGGUUCGUGUAAGGAACCCUUUAGAGUGUUCCUCUCGCCACAUCUAUGGAUCUAUGCGGUACCGCCGGAGAACAAAAUACAGCUGAGGCCGAACUUUGGACCCAUAACCUCAAUAGAAUUAGGCAACCUGAGCAACGAUUGCAAAAAAGGAGCCAACAACAGCUUUAAGUUAAUCGUGCACACCAGCGAUGAUAUUUUGACACUCAAGUGGAAGGUCACUGGGGAAGGGGCAGCUCCAGGCAACAAAGCAGAUGUAAAGAAGUACAAACUCCCUACCCUAGAGAGGCCUUUCACUUCCGUGCAAGUGCAUUCAGCCAACGCCAAGUCGAAGAUAAUCGAAAGCAAAUUUUACGACAUUGGCAGCGGCAUGCCAGCCCAGUGCAGCGCGAUCGCCACGAACUGCUUCCUCAGCGGCAGCCUCGAAAUCGAGCACUGCUACCACUGCACCCUGUUGGAGAAGAAGCUGGCCCAAGACAGCGAGUGCUUCAAGUACGUCUCGAGUGAAGCGAAGGAGUUGAUCGAGAAAGACACGCCGAUUAAAGCUCAAGAAGAAGACGCCAACUCUGCAGACCACAAACUGAUCGAGUCCAUAGACGUGAUACUAAAGGCAGUGUACAAAUCAGAUAAAGAUGAGGAAAAGAAGGAGCUCAUCACCCCGGAGGAAGUGGACGAAAAUUUGAAGAAAGAGCUAGCCAAUUAUUGUACCCUACUGAAGGAGGUAGACACAAGUGGCACUCUUAACAACCACCAGAUGGCAAACGAAGAGGAAACGUUCAGAAAUUUGACUCGACUGUUGCGAAUGCAUAGCGAAGAAAACGUGGUGACCCUUCAGGACAAACUGAGAAACGCAGCCAUAUGCAUCAAGCACAUCGACAAGUGGAUUCUUAACAAGAGGGGGUUGACCCUACCGGAAGAAGGGUACCCAUCGGAAGGGUACCCCCCAGAAGAGUACCCCCCGGAGGAACUCCUCAAAGAAAUCGAGAAGGAAAAAAGCGCUCUGAAUGAUGAAGCGUUCGCUAAAGAUACCAACGGAGUCAUCCACCUGGAUAAGCCUCCCAACGAAAUGAAAUUUAAAUCCCCCUAUUUUAAAAAGAGCAAAUACUGUAACAAUGAGUACUGUGAUAGGUGGAAAGAUAAAACGAGUUGCAUGUCAAAUAUAGAAGUGGAAGAGCAAGGGGAUUGCGGGCUCUGUUGGAUUUUCGCCUCUAAGUUACACUUAGAAACGAUCAGGUGCAUGAGAGGGUAUGGCCACUUCCGCAGCUCCGCUCUGUUUGUGGCCAACUGCUCGAAGAGGAAGCCAGAAGAUAGAUGCAACGUGGGUUCUAACCCUACAGAGUUUCUUCAAAUUGUUAAGGACACGGGAUUUUUACCUCUAGAGUCCGAUCUCCCCUACAGCUAUAGCGACGCGGGGAACUCCUGCCCCAAUAAAAGAAACAAGUGGACCAACCUGUGGGGGGAUACCAAACUGCUGUAUCAUAAGAGACCCAAUCAGUUUGCACAAACACUCGGGUACGUUUCCUACGAAAGCAGUCGCUUUGAGCACAGCAUCGACCUCUUCAUAGACAUCCUCAAAAGGGAAAUUCAAAACAAAGGCUCCGUUAUCAUUUACAUAAAAACCAACAAUGUCAUCGAUUAUGACUUUAAUGGAAGAGUCGUCCACAGCCUAUGUGGCCAUAAGGAUGCAGAUCAUGCCGCUAACCUGAUCGGUUAUGGUAACUACAUCAGUGCUGGUGGGGAGAAGAGGUCCUAUUGGAUUGUGCGAAACAGCUGGGGGUACUACUGGGGAGAUGAAGGCAACUUUAAGGUUGACAUGUACGGCCCGGAGGGAUGCAAACGGAACUUCAUCCACACGGCUGUUGUGUUUAAGAUAGACCUGGGCAUCGUCGAAGUCCCGAAGAAGGACGAGGGGUCCAUUUAUAGCUACUUCGUUCAGUACGUCCCCAACUUUUUGCACAGCCUUUUCUACGUGAGUUACGGUAAGGGUGCUGAUAAGGGAGCGGCGGUGGUGACAGGGCAGGCGGGAGGAGCGGUAGUCACAGGACAGACUGAAACGCCCACUCCGGAGGCCGCUAAAAAUGGGGAUCAGCCAGGAGCACAGGGUAGCGAGGCAGAAGUCGCGGAGGGUGGCCAGGCAGGAAAUGAAGCCCCGGGAGGGUUGCAAGAGAGUGCUGUUUCGUCGCAAACGAGUGAGGUUACGCCGCAAUCUAGUAUAACUGCUCCGCAAAUCGGUGCAGUUGCCCCACAAAUCGGUGCAGCUGCCCCACAAAUCGAUGUAGCCGCCCCACAAAUCGAUGUAGUCGCCCCACAAACGAGGUCCGUUGACGCCCCCCAAACGAGCUCGGUUGCCGCCCACCCCCCAAACGUGACGCCGCAGAACGUGACGCUUGGGGAGGGCCAGCACGCGGGGGGUGUAGGCUCCCUCAUCCCCGCGGACAACUCGGGCGAGAAAAACAUCCCAGUCAUGCACCUUUUGAAAUAUGUGAAGGAGACCAAAAUGACGAGGGCCUUCGUGACGUACGGCAGUUUGAGCGAAAUAGAAGGCUCGCACAGCUGCUCCAGGAUCUACGCCAAGGACGAGGAGGGGCACGAGGAGUGCGCGCAAUUCUGCCUCAAGAACUGGCCCGCCUGCAGGGGGCACUACUCCCCCGGCUACUGCUUAACUAAGAUGUACACGGGGAGCAACUGCCUUUUUUGCAGCGUGUAG